AAGUGAAUUGUUUUCGCUGCAAAGCUUGUCAAGCUGGAAAAUCAGCUCGUCUUGACACACGCACACGCCCUGAAAACAUCGUCGUCGGCUUUGUCCGACCAACAAGUUUGUGUGUGUGUGCCUUUCCUGGUACCAGAAAGCUCCCCAAAAUGAGCAAAAUAUCCAAAUUCUUCAAGGGGAGCUCCAGUUCGUCCAGCUCGUCCAGCUCGUCCAAGUCCAAACAUCGCUCCAGAGGAGUAGGAGGACCCUCACCCAAUGAGGCCAUCCACAAACUGAGGGACACCGAGGACAUGUUGACCAAGAAGCAGGACUAUCUGGAGAAGAGGAUCGCGCAGGAAGUGGCGAUAGCAAAGAAACAUGGCACACGAGAUAAGAGGGCUGCCCUGCAGGCGUUGAAGAGGAAGAAGCGUCUGGAGCAGCAGCUCACCCAAAUCGACGGCACCCUCUCCACCAUCGAGUUCCAGAGGGAAGCGCUGGAGAACUCGCACACCAACUCCGAGGUGGUGAAGAACAUGGGCUACGCCUCCCAGGCCAUGAAGAAAGUCCACGAAAGCAUGGACCUGGACAAGAUUGACGAUCUGAUGGAGGACAUCAACGAGCAGCAGGACGUGGCCCGCGAGAUCAACGAAGCCAUUUCCAGACCGUACGGUGACAAUUUCGACGAGGAUGAGCUGCUGGCUGAGCUGGAAGAGCUGGAACAGGAGCAGUUGGACGACAGCAUGAAGAGCAUGGGGGGCCUGCCCUCGGUGCCCAGCGGCAGACUGCCGUCAGCGAGCCCGUCAGCGAGCACGUCUUACCGCGCAACCACCAAAAGGCGUGAAGACGAGGACGACAUGCGAAUGCUGGCUUCAUGGGCAACAUAAACCACUUUGGAACAGAGCGUUUUUGUUUUGGAGCUUUUAACACUGUCAGCACACUUUACUAUUCUUUAGUUUUACUUUACUAUUUAACAACUCAUUCAUGUUCCAUGUUAUUCUUUGUGCCUUCAUUUAUUGUCUUCUUUGUUUCUACGUGUGACAUCUUUUUGUCCGGCCAACCGAAGGAUUUCCAACACUGAGCAGAUGAAACUACACUACAUGUAAUAUUACACAACUGUAGAUAAAAUCAGACUAUGCUUUUAAUGUUGUAAAUAAAUAUUCAGCUAUAUUAAAAACACAACUUCCUGUAAUUCAUAUACUUAUUUUCUUCUGUCAGUGUAUAAAAAUGCGCUGCCUAUUUCUAUGCAUCAUUUCCAACAAAUAAAGGACAACAGUGUAGCGCAUUGUA